AUGGAUUCAGACGAAUACGAUGACGAUCUCGCGGACGAGGAUUUGGUUGAGGCACUCAGUCAGAGCCAAGCCAUACCUGCGAGCUCGGGCAUCAAUGUACAAAAUGGCAGAACUUCGUCUGUCGCUCAAGCACUGGCACCAUCUUACAGCCGGGCCAACGCUGCACGUCAUGCGCACCCGUCUGGUCUUAAUAACACGGCAAAGACAGUGGCUCAGCCUCUUGGGACCGAGUUGGAUGAUUUGCCCUCAGACGCGUUCUCCUCUUCACCGGAGCCUGUUGCACCACUCGCCAGAAACGGACUAACACGCACUUCGUCAUCAACUUUUCGCCAGACAACUCUACUAGGCGGCAGAGUGGCAGACGAUGCCUCGACUCAGCCGCAGCAGCCAGGCUUUGGUCGUGUCUACCGAGGAGACAAGCCAGUAGAGGCCCCUUCUCAACACGCCAUAGAUCGUGAGGCCAUGAAGACAUGGAUAUAUCCCACCAACCUAGGCGCCACGAGAGAUUACCAGUUCAGUAUCGUCAAAAACGGUCUGUUCAAUAAUACACUCGUCGCGCUACCUACAGGUCUCGGCAAAACAUUUAUUGCUGCAACGGUGAUGCUCAACUACUACCGUUGGACAAAGGACGCAAAAAUCGUAUUUGUUGCGCCUACGAAACCUCUCGUAGCUCAACAAGUCGACGCUUGCUUCAAUAUUGUGGGCAUACCCCGGUCAGAGACCACUCUUCUCACUGGCGACACGGCGCCCACUCUCAGGGUAGACGAGUGGGCGUCAAAGCGGGUGUUCUUCAUGACGCCGCAAACUCUUCAAAACGACAUUUCACACGGCUACGCAGAUCCGAAAUCCAUUGUACUUCUGGUAAUUGAUGAGGCUCAUCGAGCAACGGGCGAGUACGCGUACGCAAAAGUGGUGAAGAGGAUACGCCAAUACAACCCAUACUUCCGUCUACUUGCCUUAACAGCAACACCCGGGUCCAAGGUCGAGACUGUGCAAGAGAUUAUCGACAAUCUCGGAAUAUCCCACAUCGAGAUCCGCACAGAGGAUUCGAUUGAUAUUCGUCAAUACGUUCAUUCAAGGAAUGUCGAGCAAGUAGUACUCGACCCCUCGGAUGAGAUAUGCGAGAUCAAGGAGCUAUUCACGAAAGCCCUGAAACCGCUGAUGGAUAAGCUGACCCAGCAAAACAUUUACUACGGAAGAGAUCCAAUGGCGAUUACGACAUAUGGUCUGGUGAAGCAGCAACAAGAUUGGUUCGCCAACGUCGGCAGAAGAGCCAACCCUGGGGUACAGUUCAUGAUGAGGGCUAUCUUCAGUAUCUUGCAAAGCUUGGCUCACGCGAUCAAACUACUCAACUUUCAUGGCAUCAGGCCUUUUUACGAAAACCUCAAAGAAUUUCGAAGCGAGAUUGAGGACAAGGGAGAAAAGGGCUCCAAAUACAAGAAGCAAAUUGUUAACGACUCGAGCUUCCAGGAGAUGAUGACCAGGGUGGAAAAGUGGCUUCGCCUAGACGGCUUCGUCGGGCACCCAAAGCUUGCCGCUCUCCAGGACACCGUCCUAAAUCAUUUUAUGGAUGCCGGUGCGACUUCCACUCGAAUCAUAGUGUUCAGCGAGUACAGAGACAGUGCCGAAGAUAUCGUCAAGGUACUGAAUGUCCACAAACCGCUGAUCAAGGCCACUGUCUUCGUGGGACAAGCCGACUCGAAGCGAUCUGCAGGCAUGAAGCAGGCCGAACAGAUUGCGACAAUACAAAAGUUCAAAGAUGGCGAAUACAACGUUCUGGUCGCCACGUCCAUCGGAGAAGAGGGACUGGAUAUUGGCCAAGUCGAUUUGAUUGUUUGCUACGACGCCUCGUCCUCGCCCAUUCGAAUGCUUCAACGAAUGGGUAGAACGGGCCGAAAGAGGGCCGGAAAUAUUGUGCUACUGCUGAUGAGGGGUAAAGAAGAGGACGCGUUUGCCAGGUCAAAAGACAACUAUGCGGAGAUGCAAAAGUUGAUCUGCGAAGGGAGCAAGUUCAACUUCCGUCACGACCUUUCCACUCGCAUCGCUUCUGCCAUCGGCAAACCCGGUGCGGCGCCCAAAAGAGGCCGCCCCAAGAAGCAAGAGCAGCAGCAACAGCCGACGGAGGCUGAUUUUAUCACCGACGUGCCCACGCUAGAUUCGGUCGUGCUCACAGAAGCGCAACUGGCCGAGUUGGAUAAGGUGUACCGGUCGCUGCCUGCCAGUCGGACCAAGAUUGAAGAAACAGAGAUGCCGGAGCUGACGACGUACCCUCUGCUCCAGCGCCGACUUCGACCGGUCAGCAAGGUUCAGCACAGCCAGCGUACCAAAAGGUACGUUAAGUUAUGUCAGAAGUUUGCCAAGAAUCAAGAUGAGAGAAAUCGUUGGGUGCGCCGUUUCGGUGAGGAAGACACGACCCGGUACGAGGAGAUCCCCGUGCCAUCGUUUGCGAGCGAUACAGAAGAUGGGGCGUCGGGUCCUGGGCCUCUGGGGCAAGUCGCGACGGCACUGUCGUCCGACGAAGACGAGCCCAUUGAGGAGUCACGGCCAAAGAAACGCCGAUCGACCGGGACCACAAAGCGCGCCGCAGCAUUCACGUCUGCUUCAGCCCUAGUCGUCGACGAUGAAAUGGACGAGACCAUGGACGAGGAAUCGCCUCCCCGCCGCCCGCCAAAGAAGGCCGCAGGAAGGGGACGAGGCAAAAAGGCUGCCAAACGGGUCGCCCGCGGCAUCAACAGCGACGAACUAGGCGACGCCUGCGACAGGGACAGCGACGCGAUGGAGACGGACGGCUCAGACAGCGGAGGCGACCUGCUCGACUUUGUCGUCUCGGACGAUCACCCCGUCUCCAGCAUCCAGCCGACGUCGUCGACGCUCGCGACGAGUCCCGUCGUGAUCUCUUCCGCAAGGCCACAGCCCAAGGGAGUUGCUCGGCCGUUUUAUGUACCGACUGAGUUUCCGGGAACGCAGGAGUCUGUGGAUUCGCUGCCGGACCUCGAUGGCGUGCUGAUGAGUAGUAAGGGGAAGAAGAUAUUAGGUUUCGCGGAUCCAGAGGAUGAUGGAUCUGAGGUGGAUGCUACACCGCGAGCACAGGGCGGUGGACGGCUGCAGAGGAGGCGGCCAGUAUUUGAUAGUGAUAGCGACGAGUGA